CGCUCGGAGGUUUUGCCAAUUUCGGGGGUUUGUUUUUUCGCAGAAAACAUCAUGGGUGGUGGAGUGAUGAGGACCGCGGCGAAGGUGGCCGGAGUCGGCGUCGUCAACGCCGGCCUCCGCGGCGCUCCCGCUGUCCAGCCGGUGGAGCAACCGAUGGCCGCAGCGGCCCGUAAAGCCACGGUCCCUGUGUCCUCUGUUAUCUCCUCCGCAAAGCUCGGUGACGCCCCUGUGGCAGUGCAGAGGCCGUCGUGGGAGCUUGACGACUGGGAGUUCGCCAGCGUCGAGGAGGAGAUUAAUGUCGGUACCGGUGAGCCGCUGCCUAGGGUUGUGUUUGGAGGAGUCCCGACUCUUCAGGAGGCGAAAGAGGCCACUUCCGAAUUAAAAGAUGCUUUGGAUCAGUUAUAUCUGUCACCGUCUAGGUCUAUCAGAUCCGGGGUUCAGCAGUUGGGUCUGCUUCAGAUUGCAAACUCUGAUCAUUUGGAGACCAAAGCAUGUGUUGCUACUACUGAGAAUACAGUGGCCACUGUGCCAGCACAUGCUAUUCAGGCAUUCGCAUAUUUGAAAGAUAGUCCUGCAGCACAGAAUGUUGUUGCUUCAAUUGCAAGUGACCCAAAUGUUUGGAGUGCUGUGAUGCAAAAUGAAGCGCUCGUGGAAUUCCUGCAGGCACAAAAAACAUGUGCUCCUUACCCCAGUAUGGGUCUCGAUGUGGAGGAAUCUGUUGCAGAUACUGGGUUUCAAGAUCAGGAAGCCCCAAAGAGCUUUGAAGAUUCAUCAGAUGAAGGAGAUUCUGGAAGCAGGUUUCAAAAUAAGGAAACCCCAAAGAGCUUUGAAGAUUCAUCAGAUGCAGGGGAUUCUGGAAGCCUGAGUUCCUGGUUUGCGUCUCUGCUUGAGACUAUGAAGCUUUCACUGGCUGAGAUAGUGGGCAACAUCUUUGGACGACCAGCUGCUGAUGUUAAGUCAUCUCCAGAUUCCAAUGAAAAACCGGAAGGACAGGUCAUGAAUAUGGGCGUUGGAGCAUCCUUAACAGGACUGGCAGUGAUGGUUAUCAUGGUGGUGGUGAUGAAACGGGUUUAAUUUGUCGAAUUUACGAACCCUAUCCUAUAUGUGUAUUUGGUUUAUUAGGAUGCCAAUAUGAAUAAUUAGGUCCAUAUCUUAUAUACAUCGCAGUAAUGAAUUAGUAGUCAAAAGACUCUUUUGACUAAGUUUUUAUGUACAGCGGAUUUGAAGUCUGUUGGUGUUGGGCUAAUAUUUAUGCCAUCAGCUGUCCUCUGUUCCAUUUGCUGCUAUUCUAAA